GAAUAUCGAGAUGAAUCUAACAGACCUUGGUGGAAGUUUUUCGAUGAAUAUGAAUAUAGAUUGAACAAAUAUGAAAGAAGCAGACACAAAUGGUAUUACUGGUUUGAAGAAGGGACUUCCAAGGAAGAAAAGAAAUUAUUAAUCAAAUUAGAUUUCUUGAUUGCGUUUUAUGUCCUUGUGGUAUUUUGGGUUAAAUCCUUAGAUCAAUCAAAUGUGUCAAAUGCUUAUGUUUCUGGAUUGAAGAAUGAUAUCGGUAUGAAAGGUAAUGAUUUGAUCAAUACCACCACGGCCUUCAAUGUGGGUCUUGUUGUCUUACAAUUUCCAUUCAUGUAUUUGUUCCCUAGAGUCUCCACUCAUUACCUUGUCCCUGGACUAGAUCUCUGUUGGGGUAUUUUCACUAUUGGUUUACAUGCUGUCAAUACAGUUCCACAAUUGCAAGUGUUGAGGUUUUUCGUUGGUGCGCUAGAAGCAGGGUUUUAUCCAGCAGCUCAUUACAUAUUUGGAUCUUGGUAUAAACCUCAAGAAAUAUCAAGAAGAGCCGGUAUUUAUUAUUUUGGAAAUAUGCUUGGUGCUAUUAGUUCUGGACUCUUCCAAGCUUCUAUUUACAAAAAUUUCAAUGGUAAUGGUGGAUUAGCUGGCUGGAGAUGGUUGUUUGUAGUUGAUGGUAUAAUCACAAUAGUUGUUGGUAUUGCUGGAUUUUUCAUAUUGCCAGGGUCACCAUAUAAUUGUUACUCAAUUUGGUUAACAGAUGAUGAGAUUAGGUUAGCAAGACGGAGAUUAAAAGAAGCCAACAUUGCUGCUCCAUCUCAUAAACAAAAAUUGGAUGGGUUCUUUAGUAAAAAACUUUGGAAAAGAAUUUUAAGUAAUUGGAAAAUUUGGGGUUUAACAAUUUUUGAUGUUUCUGGUUGGAAUGGAUCAAAUACUCAAGGUAAUGGGUUUAUAUUGUGGUUGAAAGCAUUGAAUAGGUAUUCUACUCCCAAAAUCAAUGAUUUGAGUGCAACUUCAGCCGGUAUCGGGUUCAUAUUAGUGUUAGUGUUUUGUGGAGGGGCUGAUGUUUUCAGAUCAAGAUAUGGUGCUAUUGUAUUAUCACAAGUGUUAAACGUUAUUGGAAAUGUUAUAUUAGCCACUUGGAAUGUACCUGGAAGCGCCAAAUGGUUUGCUUUCAUGGUUCAAUAUGCUGGAUGGUCAACUGCCAGUGUAAGAUAUAGUUGGAUCAAUGAUAUAUUGAGACAUGAUCCUCAAGAUCGUGCAAUUAUUUUUGUUUUCCAAUUUGCUGUUGCACAAUCCACAACUAUUUGGAUAAACAGAUUGAUUUGGCCUACAGUUGAUGCUCCUCGUUAUUUAGUUGGCUACACAGUUACAGGUGUUUUUGCAUUCACUAUGAUUAUUGCAUCGUUCUGGUUAUUAUGGGUCUAUAAAAAAGAAGAACGCGAGCAUUCUUAUGAUAAUGGUAUUGUUUUAUACAACACAUCAAAAGGUGAUGAAAUACCU